GCCGUGCGCCCUCCUGCCCGCGGGGCCCGGGGCGUGGGGCCUCCCGGGGAAAUGCAGUCCCCGGCGCUCGGAGACCACGCCUGCCUGGUCCGGCCGGCCCCUCCCUGUUCUCCGCCGCGCCCUGCUCGGCUCCCCCUCCAGACUUUACAGUCCGAGUGUGGGUACCCCGCAUCUCGCCUCCGGUGGUGCCUUUCCUUCUCCAUCCUUCCAGUCCGCUCCGCCGGAGCCGCCUCCGCCCCUCGUACCUCCCUUGUCGUGGACUUCUCCCCUUUCGUGGAGAUCUUCCUCCUCCCAAUACCUCCCCCAAGGCGGACCUUUGCCCUUCCUGGAGUUCCGUCCGCCCUCGUCCUAGUGACCCGCAGCAGGGACCUUAAGUCCCCUUCCCCUGCCUCGGCGCGGCUCGCUGGGCUCCGGCUGGGGCGGGAGGGGCGGCCCGAGAGGCCGGAGGUUCAGCCCCAGGGACCUGCCCCCAUCGCUGCCUCCCCCACUCCCUAACUUCCCCCCUGAACCACUCCAUCCUCCGUACUCUGCUCCCUCCCGGGCCGAGCGUGGGGAAGCCUCUCCGACACCCCUCAAGUUGCGUGGGGAACGGGAGCGGGGGAGGGGGGACAAGGAGAGGCCUUGUCUGGGAAGAUUCCGGAGAGAGCUCAGCGUGCCCGAGCGCCGAAGGGGACGGGGCGGGGCGCCGAGGGAGUGGGCGGACGCUGGGUGGGGCUGCCCAGCUGCUGUCGCCCCCCACCCGCCCGCGGGGCCCUCGGGAGCCACUUCGCAGGGAAGUGUCUUGACCACAGUGAGUCAGAAAUAGACCCAGGCCUCCCGCCAGUCAGUCGCAACAUCCUCUAGCUGUUGAGGUAGUUUUGCAGGUGGGAAGUGGAACCUACCCAGUCAGAGACUGCCUUCCCUCCCCGAGAAGGCGAGCACGAGUGCAGAGGAGGAAAACUUUGUCCCUGGCUUGAGAGACACUCCACAUCCAGCGCGGCACUCAAGCCUGCAAGGGGCGCCUGGUGCAGCGAGAUGUAGGCCACUGGGCCUGUGCUCAGCUGCUUCCCUCCCUGGGAGCCUUGUGGGCCUCCAUGGCGUCGCCCACCCCCACCAACCCAGCACAUGCCCAUUUUGAGAGCUUCCUGCAGGCUCAGGUGUGCCAGGAUGUGCUGAGCAGCUUUCAGGGGCUAUGCAGGGCUCUGGAUGUGGAGCCCGGUGGGGGUCUGCCCCAGUACCACAAGAUCAAGGACCAGCUCAACUACUGGAGCGCCAAGUCGCUGUGGGCCAAGCUGGACAAGCGAGCGGGCCAGCCUGUCUACCAGCAGGGCCGGGCCUGCACCAGCACCAAGUGCCUGGUGGUGGGUGCUGGACCUUGCGGGCUGCGGGCUGCUGUGGAGCUGGCACUGCUGGGGGCCCGCGUGGUGCUGGUGGAAAAGCGCACCAAGUUCUCUCGCCACAACGUCCUUCACCUCUGGCCCUUCACCAUCCAUGACCUGCGGGCACUCGGCGCCAAGAAGUUCUAUGGGCGCUUCUGCACAGGCACCCUGGACCACAUCAGCAUCCGGCAGCUUCAGCUGCUCCUGCUGAAGGUGGCAUUACUGCUGGGGGUACAAAUUCACUGGGGUGUCACUUUCACUGGCCUCCAGCCCCCUGCCAGAAAGGGGAAUGGUUGGCGUGCCCAGCUUCAGCCCAGCCCCCCAGCCCAACUGGCCAACUACGAAUUUGAUGUUCUCAUCUCGGCAGCCGGAGGUAAAUUUGUUCCUGAAGGCUUCACGGUGCGAGAAAUGCGUGGCAAACUGGCCAUUGGCAUCACAGCUAACUUUGUGAACGGGCGCACUGUGGAGGAGACGCAGGUGCCUGAGAUCAGUGGGGUGGCCCGGAUCUACAACCAGAGCUUCUUCCAGAGCCUGCUCAAGGCCACAGGCAUCGAUCUGGAGAACAUUGUGUACUACAAGGACGACACCCACUACUUUGUGAUGACAGCCAAGAAACAGUGCCUGCUGCGGCUGGGGGUGCUGCGCCAGGACUGGCCGGACACUGACCGGCUGCUGGGCAGUGCCAAUGUGGUGCCCGAGGCUCUGCAGCGCUUUGCCCGGGCAGCUGCAGACUUCGCCACUCAUGGCAAGCUUGGGAAGCUGGAGUUUGCCCAGGAUGCCCACGGGCGGCCUGACAUCUCUGCCUUUGACUUCACAAGCAUGAUGCGGGCAGAGAGUUCUGCUCGUGUGCAAGAGAAGCACGGUGCCCGCCUGCUGUUGGGACUGGUGGGAGACUGCCUGGUGGAGCCCUUCUGGCCCCUGGGCACUGGAGUGGCCCGGGGCUUCUUGGCAGCCUUUGAUGCAGCCUGGAUGGUGAAGCGGUGGGCAGAGGGCGCUGGGCCCCUAGAGGUGUUGGCUGAGCGCGAGAGCCUAUACCAGCUCCUGUCACAGACAUCCCCAGAAAACAUGCACCGCAAUGUGGCCCAGUACGGGCUGGACCCAGCCACCCGCUACCCCAACCUGAACCUCCGGGCUGUAACCCCCAAUCAGGUGCGUGACCUGUAUGACGUGGUGGCCAAGGAGCCUGUGCGGAGGAAGAGUGACAAGACAGAUGCAGGAAAGCUGGCCACCGGGUCGGCGGGCACCCAGGAGGAGCUGCUGCAUUGGUGCCAGGAGCAGACGGCUGGGUACCCGGGGGUCCAGGUCACUGACCUGGCUGCCUCCUGGGCCGACGGGCUGGCCCUGUGUGCGCUGGUGCACCGGCUGCAGCCCAGCCUGCUGGAACCCUCAGACCUGCAGGGGGCAGGGGCUCUGGAGGUGACCGCUUGGGCACUGAAGGUGGCAGAGCAGGAGCUGGGCAUCACGCCGGUACUGUCUGCCCAGGCAGUGGUGGCAGGGAGUGACCCGCUGGGCCUCAUUGCGUACCUCAGCCACUUCCACAGUGCCUUCAGGGGCAAGCCCCAUGGCCCAGGUCCUGCCAGUCAGGGCUCUCCAGGGACCCCCAGUGCUGUCCUCUUCCUUGGCAAACUGCAGAGGACCCUGCAGCGGACCCGGGCCCAGGAAAAUGGGGAAGAUGCCAGUGGCAAGAAGCCUCGCUUGGAGGUAGAGGCUGAGACCCCAGGUACUGAGGAGCCACCUGUCCCAGAGCCCAGCAUGCCCCCGACACCCCCACCCCAACACCAGGAGGCUGAUGCCGGCGACCUGUGCGCAAUCUGUGGGGAACACCUCUAUAUUCUGGAACGCCUCUGUGCCGACGGCCGUUUCUUCCACCGGAGCUGCUUCCAUUGCCAUCUCUGUGAGGCCACACUGUGGCCCAGUGGCUAUGGGCAGCACCCAGGAGAUGGACAUUUCUACUGCCUCCAGCACCUGCCACAGCCAGGCCACAAAGAGGAUGGCAGCACUGGGGGCCCUGAGCAGCUGGAGCUCCCCACACCCAGCGAGGAUAGCAUGCCACCAGUGCCCUCAGCCCCCACUGCCCCCCAGGAGGGGGCCAAUCCUGUUCCCAGCCCCAUCCAGCCCACCCGCCGGCUGAUCCGCCUCUCCAGCCCAGAACGCCAGCGCUUGUCCUCCCUUCACCUUAGCCCUGACCCAGAAACAGAGCCCCCGCCCAAGCCCCCCCGCAGCUGCUCCACCUUGGCCCGCCAGGCCCUGGAAGCCAGCUUUGUGGGUUGGGGAGUGCCAGCACAGGGACCUCAAGGGCUCCCUAGCUCAGUUCUUGUGGACAUGGAGGAGGAAGAAGGGAGUUCCCUCUCAAGUGAAGAGGAGGAAGAGGAAGAUGUAGCUUUGGACUCAGACCUGGAGCAGGCCCUGCUCUCCUUGGCCAAGAACUCAGGCACCAUGAACAAGUACCCAACAUGGCGCCGGACUCUGCUGCGCCGUGCCAAGGAGGAGGAGAUGAAGAGGUUCUGCAAGGCCCAGGCCAUCCAGCGGCGACUAAAUGAGAUUGAGGCUGCCCUGAGGGAGCUGGAGGCCGAGGGGGUGAAGCUGGAGCUGGCCUUGAGAAGCCAGAGCAGUUCCCCAGAACAGCAAAAGACACUGUGGUUAGAACAGCUGCUACAACUUGUUCAGAAGAAGAACAGCCUAGUGGCGGAGGAAGCUGAGCUUAUGAUCACGGUGAAGGAGCUGAACCUGGAGGAGAAGCAGUGGCAGCUGGACCAGGAACUACGAAGCUACAUGAACCGGGAAGAAACCCUAAAGACAGCUGCUGACCAGCAGGCCGAAGACCAGGUCUUGAGGAAGCUGGUGGAUGUGGUGAACCAGCGAGAUGCCCUCAUCCGCUUCCAGGAGGAGCGCAGGCUCAGCGAGCUGGCCUCAGCAGGUGGAGCCCAGGGCUAGAGGAGGGUGGGCUGCCUGCCUCCUUCUCCAAAGGGAAGAUGCUCACUGCACCUCUCCCAGCUGGGUGCCUGAACACCAGACCUGAUGUCACACCAUCUCACCCCAGGACAGCACCACCCCUGCUUGGCUGGGCGGCCUGGGAGAGGACCUCACUGUUUGUAAUAAAAAAUGUUUGUCACAAA